AGCGGAAGUGCCGGCGGAAGUGGCGGGUGGUGCCGGCGCAGUGCCCGGGCGGUGAGUCGGGCCCGGGGAUCCCGGUGUGGUGGGUUUGGAGGAUACCCAGUCAAGGGCUCCGGUUUGCUGGGCUCUGUGAGCCCCAGUGCCUGGUGAGGGACUGGGCUUGGGGGGAUCCGUGCCUCUUCCCGGUGCCCGCUGAGGAGCACGGUCGGCGCGUCCCGGUGCCCGGUACGGGGCUGAGCUGUGCCAAGCCCCAGCGCUCGGCGAGGGGCCCGGUCUUGGGGGGGCUCUGACCAGUCUCGGUGCCUGAUGAGGAGCCCGCUGUGGGGGUCUUUAAGGAGCCCCGGUGGGGGACCUGGGAGGCUGUGCCCCAGAACGCAGUCAGGGGUCCCGGUGUGCUGGGCUCUGUGAGCCCCGCUGUCCGGUGAGGGCCCCGGUCUGGGGGGUUCUGACCCACCCCAGCGGCUGCUGAGGAGCCCCGGGCCCCAGUAAGGGUCCCAGACAGCGGAGCCCCGGUGCCCAGUCAGGGUCCGGAUCUGCUGGGCGCUCUGAGCCCCGGUGGCUGGUGAGGUUUCGGGGUGGUUGAGCCCCCGAUCCCCACUCCGGCAGCCCAGUCUGGGGGGCCCUGAAGAGCCCUCGGGCCUGGUGAGGUGUCGAGCUGUGCACCCCGCUGCCCGCCCAUCCACGCUGUGACAGCUCCCCGUGCCCACCCCGCCGUGCCCACCCCGCCAUGCCGCCCCAGGGCCCCUCGGCGUCCCGCCGGCCGCUGCUGCUCUUGGUGGUCGCCCUGGGCUGGCUGCUGGCCCUGCAGCUGUUGCUGGACCUGCGGGCGCUGGGGCUGCUGUGCGGGGCUCUGGCCGUGCUGGGGGGCUGGCUGGGCCCCCCGGCCCUCGGCCCCCGCGGCCGCCGGCUGCGGCUGGAGCGGUUCGUGAGCUCGCUGCGGGCCCCGGCCGGCAGCCCCGCGGAUGAGGCCCGGCUGGAGGAGGAGAUCGCCAGCACCGUCCGUAAAGUGGUGCGGGAUUUCGUGGCCUCCUGGUACCGCACGGUGAGCAGAGAGCCGGCCUUCGAAGCCGAGGUGGAGAGGGCUAUGCUGGGGCUGGCUGCGGAGCUGCGGCGGCGGAUGAGGCGGGUGGACCGGCGAGCCCUGGCCCGCCGCCUCCUCCUGCUCUGCGGGCAGCACCUCCAGAGCUUCCUGCGGGCACGGGACUCCCUGAGGGCUGACCCCAAGGGCGGCCGGACGCUGUGGCGGGAGUACAGCCGGCUGGCGGGGCCGCAUCCCGCCCUGCUGAGCCCCGCAGCCGAGGUGGGCUGUGCCCGGGCCGCUGUGGACACGCUGCUGCGGGCGCUGGUGCCGUGGCCGCACCUGGAGACGCGGACGGGACGGUUCGUGGUGGUGGAGCUGGUGGCUUGCAACGUGCUGCUGCCGGCCGUCAGGAAGAUGUCUGAUCCCGACUGGAUCAACCUGCUGCUCAUUGGGGCGUUCUCCAAGAAACCCCGGGGUGGGAAGCCCCACCCUACACCCCCAGUGCCGGAUUCCUUGCCUUUCCCGGCACAGACGGACGUGGCUCCUGCCGGGCUACCCCCGUCCCCGAGGGCUGCAGAGGGGCUCAGGAGAGAGGCGGGGGCUGCUGGAGAGGAGGGAGAGGAGGUGAGCAGGUCAUGCCAUGCAGAGGAACCCUUCCUCCGCCCCCGAGCCCUGGGAUCCCUCUUCCCCUGUGAGGGUUUGGAGCUGGAAUCGCCCGCACCCGACAUGGGCCAGGACGUGGAGCUGCUGGCACCUUCCCCCGCUGGGGAGCUCCUUGAUGAGGCCCCCCAGGACCCCUCUGUGCCAGAGGGAGCAGCUGCCUCAGAGGAUGGCACAGGGGACCUGGACCAGGGCCCUGGCCCCAGCUCGGAUGCUGGCCUGCUUCCCACCUCUGCUUUGAGCUCCUGCCCUGACAUCCAGAUCGAGCUGGCGGUUGAGAAGGAGGAAGAAAGCCCAGCUGUUCCCAGGAGGUUCUCCUCACAGAGACCCUCCAGCCUGGGGAGAGAUGUGGGCACAGCCGAGGGCCCACCACAGUUUCCCUCAGAGCCCGGGCAGAGCCUGCCCCUGCUCUCAUCCUCCCCGACAGCUUCCGUGAGCACCUUCAGCUUCGAGCCCCUGAGCAGCCCCGACGGGCCGGUGGUCAUCCAGAACCUGCGGAUCACCGGCACCAUCACUGCCCGGGAGCACAGCGGGACUGGCUUCCACCCCUACACCCUGUACACUGUCAAGUAUGAGACAGCCCUGGAGAGCGAGGCCGCGGGCAGCCUCCAGCAGGUGGCUUAUCACACCGUGAACCGCCGCUACCGGGAGUUCCUCAACCUGCAGACCAGGCUGGAGGAAAAGCCGGAGCUCCGCAAGUUCCUGAAAAACAUCAAAGGCCCAAAGAAACUGUUCCCUGAUCUCCCCUUUGGAAAUAUGGACAGUGACAAAGUGGAAGCCAGGAAAAGUCUGCUGGAAUCUUUCCUGAAGCAAUUGUGUGCAGUCCCUGAGAUUGCAAACAGUGAGGAAGUGCAGGAAUUCCUCGCCCUCAACACCGAUGCCAGGAUCGCCUUCGUCAAGAAGCCCUUUGUUGUCUCCAGGAUAGACAAGAUCGUUGUCAAUGCCAUCGUGGACACCUUGAAGACAGCGUUCCCCAGGUCAGAGCCCCAGAGCCCCACGGAGGAUCUGAGUGAGUCGGAAGUGGAUGGGAAAUCCCAGACAGACGGGAAGAAGGCGACCAAGUCCAGGCUGAGGUUCUCAUCCAGUAAAAUCACUCCAGUGCUGAGUGUGAGUGAAGCUCAUGACAGGAUCGUGUACUCCAUCAGGGAGGGCAGUGCUGUCUCUGGCACCCUGUCGCUGGCUGCUAUGGAAUCCUUCAUCCAGAAGCAGGAGAAGCUGCUGGAAGCAGUCCCCAGCAAAGCUCCUGAAGGCGAGGGAGGCAGAGAAGCCAAGGAAACCCCUGAGCAGGAAGAAAUGGAUGGGCUGAGCACACCGGAGCAGGGAGCACAUCAGGACACUGACUCUGACUCUGAGACAGCUUUGGCUGACCUGGCCCUGGACGUGCUUCGCCUGGUGCUGGUGGAUCACUGGAGCUGGCUGUGCACGGAGAACAUCCAGAAGGUCUUCAACCUGCUCUUUGGGACCCUGGUUCAAAGGUGGCUGGAAGUGCAGAUGGUUACCCUGACCUGCACCCAGCGCUGGGUCCAGUACCUCCAGUUGCUCCAGGAGUCCAUCUGGCCUGGAGGAGUUUUACCAGCAGUGCCUAAAUCCCCCAGGACAGAGGAGCAGAAGAAGGCAACAGCAGAGCAGGCCCUGCAGAGCCUGAUGGGGAUCUUGCCCAAUGUGAUCCAAGAAAUCCUUGGGACCAGUAAGUGUCGGAUGAGCUGGAACCUGGUGCUGGAGUCGCUGAGCCAGCCUGUCAUCAACAGGCACCUGGUGUUCUGCCUCCUGGACAUUCUGCUGGAGUUCUUGGUUCUGAAGGGCUCCAGCAAGGAGCCCAAGGCUGCAGCUGCCACACCAUGUGCCUGUAGUGGCCUGGACAAAGCUGUCCCAGCCCUUUAACCGGGGCUGGUGCCCCCAGCAGUGGAGGAGAGAAGCAGCCACAGGCAUGGAAUGAUUGGAUUUUCAGCCUUUACUGAACGUGCCUGGGAGCUUCUUGUAAGGAAUUUCUCCAGCCAGUGCUAAAUGAAGCUGCUUCCAGGCUUCUCUGUUUCAGCUGGGUGGUGGAUCAAACCCAGAGUGAGGGGCUGAAGAUGCUGUGCAGCAUCUGUUUCAUUGCUGACCCGAUGGAGAGCCUGGAAUGAACCAGCCUGACCCGUUGGAGAAGGAGCCACAAACCCGUGGUCUUGCCCCACCUUCCUGAACAUCUCUAACAUCUCCAGGCAGAGAGCACAGGAGAUUUGCUUUCGUGGCUUUAGAGCCCACGUGGCACUGAGAGAGUUGGUGUGAUGGGACCUUGCUGAUGGAUGUUCCUGCAGGACAGGUGGAGGGAGGAGCAGUGCUGUCCCUGCUUUUGUGAGCAGCCUGUGCUGCAAAAUCCAUGUCAUAGCAGGAAGAAGGGGAAAGGAUGGAGUGUGGAGAUGUGCUGGUCCUGAAGUCAGCAUCCAACUGCCCAAAUACCUGGGAGGUGAGAACAGGGGUCAAAGGUGCUGCCCUGCCUUGGGGACAAAGAUCAGCUGCUUCUCCCUGCCACUGCUCUAGGAUGCAGUAGGGUGGACUGUGAUCCUGGGAAAGAGACUCUCCUCAGGCUAGGGAGGAAUGGUAGCUCGGCUGGACUUUAGGAUUCCCUUCUAUUGUGCUUUCUGAGUCACCUUUUAGUCCCUGGGACAGUCACCUGGAAGGCACAGGACAAAAGGAGCUGACCCAUGUGGGACACAGCAAGUAAAUCAGCUCCCACACGAAUGAGCUUGUCACAGGAAGCUCUGGAAGAGGAAUGAGUCCCUUGGAGCCCGGGGGGAAUCCUGGACAGCCAGAGGGUGAGGCCCCAGCACAGGGCCUGCAAGCACUACCUGAGCUCUGCUCCUCAUUGCUGUGGCACUGGGCUUUGGUUUGCUGUGCCUGCUGCUGCAGCAGCUCCAGGCAGGGCUCUGGAAAGCCCCUCAGGUCACGGAGCAUGGAUUUGGCUGCUGCUUCUCCAGGUUGUCCAAGACUUGUUUUGUGAGCUGAUGUUGCUCAGCAGUCAGGUUCCUGGGAGUACAAAAGGACUCAGAACAUGCACCAACACACCAGUUUGGUGACCUGCUUUGGUGUAUUUUCUGGGAGAAAUAUGGACUGACCAGUGCUGGACUUGGCUGGUCAAGGUGUUCUCUAGAGACCAAAGGAGGCUGCACACAAGGGAACCAUGCAGGAUCACUGUAGUGUCUGUGCUACAGUGCCAGAUGGUUUCAUCUCACAGAACCAUGGAAUGCCAGGCUGGAAGAGACUGCCUGCUGUUUGCGGGAGCUGGAUGCUCCAUGGCAUGUUUGGAGAGAAGGCAGUGUAACUCCAGCAUGCCAGUCCUGCUCUUUCCCAAGGAACUGCUUAAUGAUGGACUCACCACAGUGUGAGCUGCUCUGUGCUUCUGUGGUGUGAAAAUACCGGGAGGGAUCAUCUUGCUGCCAGCAGAUGGAUUUUUAGGGAGCUCUAAGGACAUCCCAAGACCAGGCAGAUUCCAAUGUCAUGAAGCAAAGCAGUUCUGCAUCACUGUUGGAGCCAUUUCUCAGCAGGAGAUGGUAGCUUGGCCACCUGCUUGGAGAAGAAGGGAGAUGCGAGUUAAGUAAGAGUAGAUUAGGUGGAGAAUGCUUUGGGAUAAUCCCAACUGGCUGAGCAGCAGUUUGGGAAGCAGGACUCAGAUAUAUCCUUAAAUAUCUGCUUGGAGCAGCUGCUUCACCUUGUCUUUCACUGCCAGGUUCCUGUUCCACUCCUUUUUCCUCCUGCUUCCAUUUACUACCCCAGCUGCCAGGAGGGGGAGAAGGAGCCACCAGCCAGAGAUGAGGCAGCAGAGCCCUGUUGUGCUUGGUGGCCUCCCAGAUGCUCCUGGUUGUGCUCGUUUGCUGUUGCUUCCUAAGUAAUGGUGUGGUUUUGGGGCUCCAGGACUGGGGUCUGUCUUUGAUUAGGGAUAAUAUUAAGAGUCUUUGCUGAAGAGGGUCAUGGAGUGCAGGUUAUCCAUUGCCAGUUCCAGCUUAGGGCAAAAGUCUAGAGCUGUCCCUACACGCACUGGAAGGACGAGCUGACACUUCUCCUUUGCCAGGAAGCCCAAGUUCUCCCUGCUUUAAACCCCCACCUCUGAAAUUAUGCAAAUGACUGAAUGUUCAGUCCUCCUGGUGGAAAUAAUUUGUGAUCACUGCCAGUUUGGGAGCUGGUGCGUGGCUGGGGUGGUGCAGCAGUGAUUUGGGGUUGUCCCAGCAGCAACGUCCCCCUCUGUGUUAAGAUACAAAGAGCUGGGGCAGAGAGAGAGAAAUUAGAUUUACUUAUGUGCACUGAGAGUCAGUGUCAGAGCUGGGAGCAGACCUAAGGAGUUUGAAUUGCAGAAGGGUUGUUUUACUCUCCAGAACCCCCUUCCUUGCCUCAGACAUGAGGGGUUUGAGCCCUUUCUCAUGCUCUCACUGGCUGGGCUUCAAAUUCCCAUUCUCUCCUUGGGAGAUCUGAGUACAGCCUUACAGCUGAGGUGGAGCUGCCCAGGAGCAAAGAGCCCCUCUCUGCAUCGUGUUGUUAAGGAGUAAAACAAAUCCAGUUAAAAGCUCAGCUUUUCUCCUACUGCAAGUCCUUUGCCUCACUGUAAUUUUGGGAUUAAAUUGAGCACAAUGGUGGCAAAUAGAAACUUCUGCAUUCAGGUGGGCUGAAAGUUUAUUUCCGUUGGACUAAGACUAGAAAAACUGCUUUGGUAAAACAAACAAGGUUGACAAAAAAACUUAAGCUCGCUCUAUGUGUGUCAUAUUCUCAGCAAGCUCCUUUUUUUCUGCAGGAAUUUGUAGAAGGAAUUUGCAGAAGGCUCCUGCCACCUCUCUGAAGGGCGGGUGGUGAGAGCAGCCAGAUUCCAUCUCAAUGAAGAGUUGCAGCCUGGUGUCACGUUAGGUAAAGAGCAGUACCUGCCUCAGGUGGGUGCUCAGCUCUCCCUCUCCAGGUCCUUCUGGCUGUGCGUGAUCCGCCUCCAGCCCACCACUGGCUGAUUUUGUGGAGAAAUAUUUCCUUUCCUUCUUCCUUAGUUUCCCCCAGUUGACUGGAAGCUUCCUGGAAGCAGGGGUUGCUCCUAUGUGUGGCUGAGUGCAGUGGUGUAGAGCUCAAAGGCACCACUCUGAGCUAAAUAACUGUUAAACUGUGUUUUUAGGGGAAAAAAAUCCCACCAUGCACUGACUCCCUAUUUCCUGUACUCAACCUUUGUAUCAGCUGCUUGUGGUGCUGCUGUUGGAGUCUCUGUGGAAUUGUGCUGCUUGGAAAACCUGGUUAAUUGUUAAAUGGGGAGCAAAGCUUCACUCCCAAGUACUUGUGUGCAAUAAUACUUCAUUUCAAACUCA